GGGCGGCUCCCGCCUCCCCUCCCCGGCCCCUCCGGGAGCUUUUCGUCGCCCAGGCCACGAAGUUUGAUCGCGGGGGAGGUUUGGGGGCGACCUUGGCUCAGGCUGGAGGGGAGAUGACGACGCUGACACGCCGAGCACGGCGCGCUGAGGCGGGAGGGAGCUCGCACAAGCAGCCUGACGGUGAGGAAGAUGGAGCUGCAGACAGAGACCUGAACGAGGAGGAACCUGAUGAUUCCAAAGAUAUCCGCCUCACACUGAUGGAGGAGGUGCUGCUUCUGGGGCUGAAGGACAAGGAGGGGUACACCUCCUUCUGGAACGACUGCAUCUCCUCGGGCCUGCGGGGCGGCAUCCUCAUCGAGCUGGCUCUGCGCGGCCGGAUCCAGCUGGAGCCACUCUCCCUCAGGAGGAAGAGGCUGCUGGAGAGGAAGGUGCUCUUGAAGUCAGAUGUCCCCACUGGUGAUGUGCUGCUGGAUGAGACCCUGCGACACAUCAAGGCCACAGAGCCUGCAGAAACAGUGCAGACCUGGAUAGAGCUCCUCACUGGGGAGACCUGGAACCCCUUCAAGCUGCAGUACCAGCUGCGGAACGUGCGGGAGCGGCUGGCCAAGGCGCUGGUGGAGAAGGGCAUCCUGGGCACGGAGAAGCAGAACUUCCUCCUCUUCGACAUGACCACGCACCCGGUCAGCAACGCCGCCGAGAAGCAGCGCCUGCUGCGGCGCCUGCAGGACAGCCUGCUGGAGCGCUGGGUCAACGAGCCCCGCCGCAUGGAGCGCCGCACGCUGGCGCUGCUGGUGCUGGCUCACUCCUCCGACGUGCUGGAGAACGUUUUCGCCAGCCUGGCCGACGACAAGUACGACCUGGCCGUCAACAGGACCAAGGACCUCCUGGAGGUGGACCCCGAGGCGGAAGCUGCCAAAGCCAAGGGGGCAGAGAUGAUCUGGGCCGUCCUGGCGGCUUUCAACAAGUCCUAAAGAGCCUCCGGCCCG